AUGCGGUUUUCUCCUAUAUUGUUCGUGGCUUCUAUCUUGUUAACCACCCACACGGUCCUCGGAGCUACUUGCAGAUGUUCUCCAUCCGAACCAUGCUGGCCAACAACUGCGGAUUGGGAGUCGUUCAAUAAAACCAUUGGCGGAGCCCUUAUAAAAACUACCCCUCCAGGGUCCGUAUGCUACCCUUCAGAACCUAAUUACAGCGCCGAGGCCUGUGAGGGGGUAAUCAGUAACUGGACAGCCGACAAUUUUCACUCCUCGGAUCCCAUUAGCGUCAGUUCUUCAUGGACCAACGAUACCUGCGAUCCCAUCUACCCCAACGGAACUAGCAUUUAUGGCGACGAGUCCGCCGGGCAAAAGGGAUGCUCUCUAGGGGCACUUCCAGAAUACAUCGUUGAUGUGACGGAUUCCAGUCAAAUACAAGCUGCUUUGAUGUUCGCAAAAGAGAGGAAUUUGAGGAUUAAUAUUAAAAAUACUGGACAUAACGGAGCAGGAAGGAACACGGCAGCAGGUAGCCUAUCACUCUGGACUCACAACCUGAAAAAUAUCGUAUAUCAUGAAAUUUUCCAACCCCAAGGAUGCUCGUCAAACACUUCAUGGAAGGGGUCGCAAAAAGCUGUGACAAUAGGUGCGGGCAUUCAGGGGAGUGACCUAUACCCUUUUUUCUGGGCAAACAAUAUCGUAGUCGUCACCGGUACUAGUACGGAUGUUGGUGUUGUAGGAUGGGCUACAGGCGGUGGCCACGGCUUCCUAACUGGCGAAUACGGCAUGGGCGCUGACAAUAUCCUCGAAGCCACUAUCGUAACCCCAGCCGGGGACGUUAUAACGGCCAAUAGCUGUCACAACAGCGACCUACUAUGGGCGAUACGGGGCGGUGGUGGUGGUACAUUUGGGGUAAUCGUUAACAUGACAAUGAAGGCUUACCCAGUGCCGAGCUUGACACUACUAGGUCUAAACAUCGCCGCUAAGAACGGUACCUCUAGCAAGGCAUGGUGGAAAGUUAUAGCGCAGCUCAACGGUGUAUUCUCCGACAUUCAGCAGCAGGGCUACUACACUAUCGGGGGUCCCCCAUCAAGCAGCACCCUAAAUUUGGCGAGUUCUCUUUUUUUCUGGAAUAAGUCGAACGCCACCGCUCAGAGCAUAGCGGCCCCUAUUAGGCGCCUCCUUUCAGCGGCAAACGGCACUGUGAAUUUUACUUUAGCAGAAUUGCCAGUUACCUCUAUCUUUGAUCUCGUGAAGAUGUACCCGUCCGGCGGUAGUCUAUCGAGAUCAAUUACUGCAUCUCGAUUAAUCACCAAGCGCGCCGUCAAAGAGCAACCGGAUCUCUUUGCUCAGACACUCGAAGUAGUCGGAUCGCAAGCUCCAGCGCCUUCAGACGGCACCCCGAAUCCCGGUAUAUCAGGUAUUAUGACAAUCGGUCACGAAAGUGUCAACAACUCCCUAAAUCCAGCCUGGCGCGAUACAGUCGUCCAUCUUAUCACCGAACAGUCCUGGGGUGGUUCUAUGCCCGCUAGCAAUGUCUCUAGAAUCGUCAACGAGAUGACUUACGGGAAGCUCAAUGCACUGCGAGGAUUGGCCCCGGAGUCCGGAGCGUACCUCAAUGAGGCGAAUAUUUUCGAACCAGGUUGGCAGUGGUCCUUCUACGGCCCGAAUUAUGCACGGCUUCGCGAGAUCAAACGAGAAUAUGACCCUGAAGGUCUUCUCUGGUGUCGUCAAUGCGUGGGGAGUGAGGAUUGGGUUCAAAAUGAAGACGGGAGACUUUGCCAGGCCUACCAGCCAUUUUAGAACCCCCACAUUAGCGCUGGUGGGGGAUUAGAACAUGCACGAAGGGUUAAUCUACCUACAUGUAGGUAUAUUAGACAUGAAGACUACAUGAAGACUACAUGAAUUAGUCUAUUU